UCGGGGCAAAAAACGCGAAGCUCUUGGGCGAGAAGAACUUCUCUCUCGAUCUCGCUCUUAUUUUUUCCUCUCUCUCGUUUCUCGAUUUGAGAAAAUUCGAACGCUGUAGGUUUUCGAAAAAGAAGUAAGAGAAAGCAAUGGCGGAUCAGCUCACCGAUGACCAGAUCUCCGAGUUCAAGGAAGCCUUCAGCUUAUUCGACAAGGAUGGAGACGGUUGCAUUACCACAAAGGAGCUUGGGACUGUGAUGCGUUCCCUUGGGCAGAACCCAACGGAGGCAGAGCUCCAGGACAUGAUCAAUGAGGUGGACGCCGACGGAAACGGAACCAUCGACUUCCCCGAGUUCUUGAACCUCAUGGCCAGGAAGAUGAAGGACACCGAUUCCGAGGAAGAACUCAAGGAGGCUUUCCGGGUCUUUGACAAAGACCAGAACGGUUUCAUCUCAGCAGCUGAGCUCCGCCAUGUCAUGACAAACCUCGGCGAGAAACUCACCGAUGAAGAAGUCGACGAGAUGAUUAGGGAGGCCGAUGUCGACGGUGAUGGCCAGAUAAACUACGAGGAGUUCGUCAAGGUUAUGAUGGCCAAGUGAUGUGCGGAGAAACCUGCUAAUACUAUGUAAUAUUCCUAGUUGCUGUUCUAAUUUCAUUCAUGGAGUUUUAAAACUGUUUUUGGUCAACUGGUUGUUCCGACAAGAAUGUUAUCCCUUUCAUGUUGUAGUUUGCAUCAGACAUUUGUAUCAGCAAAUCAAAUC